AUGUUUCCCUGUCUAAAAUUAAAGCGACUGGAAGAAAGGUUGCAGUGUAUUUCAGAGUUUGAUAAACCUAAAAUAUUAUUGGAACAAUACAUUACACCUUGGCACUUGGGAUCUCAUGUGUUAUAUACUGUACAGUCACAAUAUGGAGAUAUUGAUGGAAAAUUAGUGGCAGAUUUAGGAAGUGGUUGUGGAGCCCUAACCAUUGGUGCAGCAGUGCUAAAUGCUGCGUUAGUUAUAGGCUUUGAAAUUGAUGAGGAUGCCAUUAAUAUAUGUCAAGAAAAUAUUGAAGAUCACGAAUUAAGUAAUAUUGACAUUGUACAGUGUGAUGUCCUAAAAGGGAUUUCUUCAAGAUUCUACAAAUCUUUUGAUACUGUGUUAAUGAAUCCUCCUUUUGGAACAAAACAUAAUGCAGGGAUUGAUAUGAGAUUUUUAGAAAUAGCCAUAAAUUUGUCCAGAAAAGCUGUUUACUCAUUGCAUAAAACUUCUACUAGGUCUUUUAUUUUAAAACAAGCUGAUUCUUUAGGAGUCAAAGCAGAAGUUUUAGCAGAAUUAUCCUACGACUUACCUUCAACUUAUAAAUUUCACAAAAAGAAAUCUGUGGAUAUCCAAGUGGACUUUUACAGAUUUACUAUUUAA